AUGUUGCGUAGAAACGUCCGUUUGCGGAGAGAGUAUUUGUAUAGAAAAAGCUUAGAAGGAAACGAACGUGCGCUUUACGAGAAGAAGCGAAAAAUUAGAGAAGCUCUUCAAGAAGGGAAGCCUAUACCAACUGAGCUUAGAAACGAGGAGGCCGCGCUUCGUCGUCAAAUUGAUCUGGAAGAUGAAAACACAGCUGUCCCAAGAACUCACAUUGAUGAUGAGUAUGCAUUUGCUUCUGAGAAAGAUCCUAAAAUAAUGCUGACUACAUCCAGGGACCCAAGUGCUCCUCUUCAACAGUUUGUAAAGGAGUUGAGUAUUGUCUUUCCCAACGCUCAAAGAAUAAACCGUGGUAGUCAGGUUAUUUCAGAGAUAAUAGAUGCUUGCCGGUCCCACGACUAUACAGAUGUAAUCUUGGUUCAUGAACACCGUGGUGUGCCUGAUGGUUUAAUUGUUUGCCAUCUACCUUUUGGCCCAACUGCAUAUUUUAGUUUAAACAAUGUGGUUACAAGGCAUGAAAUUAAAGACAAAAAAGCUGUUGGAACUAUGCCUGAGGCUUAUCCGCAUGUUAUUCUCGAUAAAUUCUCAACUAAGUUAGGUGAAAGGACUGCCAAUAUUCUAAAGUAUCUGUUUCCGGUGCCAAAACCUGACACAAAGCGUAUUGUCACUUUUGCCAACAAUUUGGACUAUAUCUUGUUCAGGCAUCAUAUAUAUGAAAAACGUGGGGGUCCUAACUCUGUAGAAUUGAAGGAAAUUGGUCCACGGUUUGAUUUGCGACUAUAUAAGAUAAAAUUGGGAACAGUGGAUCAAGAUGAAGCUCAAACAGAGUGGGUCCUCAGACAAUACAUGAACACUACCAAGAAGCGGAAGUUUCUUAGUGAUUGA